CUGGGCUGCAUCAUCUUAGGGAGUCAACGUUACUUCUGGCUCCGCACUAACUCAGACCAUGUGGACCGCAGAUGAGAUUGCCCACCUGUGUUACGAGCACUAUAGGACCAGGCUGCCCAAGCAGGGGAAGCCUGAGCCCAACCGUGAGUGGACAUUACUAGCAGCCGUGGUGAAGAUAAAACCUGCAGCUGACCAGGCCUGCGGCGGCACUAACAAACCAGCACAAGUGACAAAGGAAGUUGUCUCAAUGGGAACAGGAACGAAAUGCAUAGGCCAGUCCAAAAUGAGGAAGAGCGGAGACAUCCUCAAUGAUAGCCAUGCUGAGGUCAUAGCCAGGAGGAGUUUCCAAAGGUACCUUCUCCAUCAGCUCCACUUGGCAGCCGCCCUGAAGGAGGAUAGCAUCUUUGUCCCCGGAACUCAGAGAGGGCUGUGGAAACUCAGACCAGACCUCUUGUUUGUGUUUUUCUCCAGCCAUACACCCUGUGGGGAUGCCUCCAUCAUUCCAAUGCUUGAGUUUGAAGAUCAGCCCUGCUGUCCUAUCCGUAGAGAUUGGGCCAAUAACCCAUUAGUAGAAGCCAGUAGUGACCUGGAAGAUCCUGAAGAUAAAAAGAAAUGUGAAGACUUGGGUAGUCCUGUGACCAAAAAGAUGAGGCCUGAGCCUGGGAUUCCUGACAGUGUGGCCCACCAUCAGAGUUUUGGCCAUCAGGAAAGUGGCCCAGUCCCACCAAGUGUCAGUGGCUCUCAUCUUACUGCAGAGGAACUGGCCACUGUCACCGGAACGGCCCCCAGUGGUGCCAAAGUAGUGGACGUUUAUAGAACCGGAGCCAAAUGUGUGCCGGGAGAAGCUGGAGACUCGGGGAAGCCUGGUGCUGCGUAUCACCAGGUGGGGCUGCUCCGAGUGAAGCCCGGCCGGGGAGACCGGACUUGCUCCCUGUCCUGCAGUGACAAGCUGGCCCGGUGGAACGUCCUCGGAUGCCAGGGGGCACUGUUGAUGCACCUUCUAGAAGAGCCCAUCUACCUGUCAGCCGUGGUGAUUGGGAGGUGCCCAUACAGCCAGGAGGCCAUGCAGAGAGCUCUGACUGGGAGGUGUCGGAAUGUCUCAGCGCUACCCAGAGGCUUUGGAGUUCAAGAAGUGAAAAUAGAGCAGUCAGGUUUCCUGUUUGAACAGAGCCGCUGCGCAGUGCAGGCCAAAAGGGCUGACGGCCCGGGCCGACUUGUUCCUUGUGGUGCAGCCAUCAGCUGGAGCGCAGUUCCUGAGCAGCCACUGGAUGUCACUGCCAAUGGUUUUCCGCAGGGAACAACGAAGAAAGCAAUCAGGUGCCUUCAGGCCAGCUUUCCUGGCUCUUUGAUGCACCAACCAGCAAUGUUAACCAACUCACCAGGAAGAACCUAG